CCUCAAGGAUAAAGUACACUUGCUGUUGAACCUCCCACUUGAAAACACUGGCAGACACUGCAAUGCAAAGGAAGCAGAUUAUCAAAGUAGACUACUGAAGAGACUUCCUCAAGGAGAGAAGGCGAAGCUCCAUUUUUAAACUCUUACUGAAUUUCUCAAGAAGAGUAUCAGCCAUGGAAGAAGCUCUCAACAUCACCAUUGAUCCAGCCUGUUUACAAGAUCCCCCUCUGGCUAUUGAUGUGAUAAAGCAGCUAGAUGUGUUCGAUUUUAGCCUGUACAUCAUGCUCACCUUCAUGGCCUGCAUCUCCCUGCUGAUGUACCUGGAGCAGUGCGCCUAUCUUUAUAAAAAACUGCCCUACCCCAAGAAGACCACCCUCAUGUGGAUCAGUGGUGCUGCACCAGUCAUUUCCACAAUGUCCUGUUUUGGGAUGUGGAUUCCAAAGGCAGUCAUGAUCACAGAUAUGACCUCUAACUGCUAUUUUGCAGUUGUGGUGUACAAGGUCUUGGUACUGAUGAUCGAGGAGUUGGGCGGCACCAAGGAUUUCCUGCAGAGAUUUUCCACUGAGACCUUUCGGGUCAGCACAGGCCCGUGCUGCUGCUGCUGCGUGUGUUUACCCCGCGUGCACAUGUCACGGCGAUUGUUAUUCUUCCUGAAGUUGGGAGCUCUUCAGUAUGCAAUCCUGAAGACGGUGCUCUCUAUCCUCUCCGUAGUCUUGUGGACAAACGGCAGCUUUGAUCUCUCUGAUUUAGAGAUCACUGGUACAGCCAUCUGGAUUAACCCAUUCAUCGGCAUUCUCACUAUCAUCUCCCUUUGGCCGGUUGCCAUCAUCUUCAUGAACAUUAACAGCCAUCUACGCAGCCUCAACAUGGUACCCAAGUAUGCCAUCUACCAGCUCAUACUCGUACUGAGUCAGCUGCAGACAUCAAUCAUUAACAUCCUGGCAUUGAAUGGCACCAUCGCCUGCGCCCCUCCCUUCUCUUCUCAAGCUCGCGGCUCCAUGCUUAGUCAGCAGAUGAUGAUCAUGGAGAUGUUCAUCCUUACUCUGAUCAAUCAGAGACUGUACCGUCGUACAUAUGACGCACUCCCCUCACAUGACAACAACCACAAUGCUAAAGUUGCCCUGAAGACUGCCCUCGUGGAGCACGACGUCUAAAAAAGGAGACUGAUGAAAGAGUGGAAGAAAACACUGCUCUAAAUGAUGUGUCAGAGAUAAUCAAAUAUCCAAAUCUUUGGUGUUAUAAAGGUUUUUAUUUGGAUAUAACUUCUUUACCUCAUUCCAUGAUACGACACCAAUUAAAAAAGAACAAAGUUAGCUGUUGGAAGUUUAGUUUUUUCAAAGUUUUAUGUAUGUAUAGUAAAAGAAACAGAGUGGACGAAAGGUUAGAGACGUAGGUUUGUUAAUAUUUGUGUACGGGAGAACAUCAUUUUUUUUGUCUAGUAAAAGAGAGACUAUAGCCAUCUAAUAAUGGUGACUGUGGUCAAUGUGUGGAUGCCGAAAUGAGUCCUGAAUAUCUGAUGCUUUGUGUUUUUUUGUACUAAAAUGUAUAGGAAAUACAGAUGGAUAUGUUUUUGUCAUUAUAGUGAGAUUGAAUGUUUUGUACUGAGGAUCUAUUUGAUAAAAAGCAUCUAUCUCCUCCUCUGUUCCCAGUGUGUAAAGUGUUUGUCUUCACAUAAUCUGGGAAAAACAGCCAGCUUUCGUUAAAGAUUGCUGACCCACUAAGACUCUUUUGAGACUGGGAACGCAGACGGAUGAGACAGCAGCUCUAUUUUCAGACUCAGUGUACACCUAACAUCCGUCUACAGCCAAACUGUGUUGUUUCAUAAGCAACCACAAGAGGCCAUGCUCGUCCCAGCCAAAAACCUGACUCACAUGGUUCAUAUUUAUUAUUUCUUCAAGUUCAGCCAGAACAAAUUGGUUUAGUCAGUUACUCAUUUUUUGGAGGAACAAUUCAAGUCAUUUACAAAUGUUUGUACCAAACCCAACAUCCAAUAAACGUACAAAAAAUAUCAAACAAA